CCGGGAGCGCCGGUUCCGGUGAAGGCGGUGGAUCCUUCCUGCGGGGAGGCGGCAGAUCCCAGAGGUUCCUCUGACCCGGUACUAGCUCCAUCCUUAGCGCGGUAACCAUGGCAACAGGCUACGAGGGGAGCGCGUCCGGGACCCCCGCCCGGAGAGCUGUCGGGGAGGAAGGCAAGCGUGUCAAACCUUUCACGCCAGAGAAAGCGAAAGAAAUUAUAAUGUCUCUCCAUCAGCCUGCCAUCUUCUGUAACAUGGUGUUUGAUUGGCCAGCACAGCACUGGACUGCGAAACACCUUUCCGAGGUCCUGCAGGCCAAGCAGAUACGAUUCAGAAUGGGCCUGAGAAGCACGGAUACAGUUCCUCAGUUUGAAACUGCUUGUAGUUACGUGGACGCUACCCUUGAGGAGUUUCUGACCUGGAACUGUGACCAGUCUAGUGUCCCUGGACCAUUUAAAGAUUAUGACCAUUCCAAAUUCUGGGCCUAUGCUGACUAUAAAUACUUUGUCAAUCUGUUUGGAGACAAGACAGAUAUUUUCCGGGAGGUGAUGUGGUCUGACUUUGGGUUUCCCGGAAGAAAUGGACAGGAGAGUACACUGUGGAUUGGCUCCCUAGGAGCCCAUACUCCCUGCCAUCUGGACUCCUAUGGUUGCAACUUGGUAUUCCAGGUCCAAGGAAGGAAAAGAUGGCAUCUCUUUCCUCCUGAAGAUACGCCUUUCCUUUAUCCAACCAGAAUCCCUUACGAAGAGUCCAGUGUGUUCAGUAAAAUCAAUGUUGUCAACCCUGAUUUAAAGCGUUUCCCUCAGUUCCAGAAAGCUCGAAGACAUACGGUCACACUGAGCCCAGGACAGGUUCUGUUUGUCCCCAGACACUGGUGGCAUUAUGUGGAAUCCAUUGACCCUGUCACCGUCAGUAUAAACUCCUGGAUUGAGCUGGAAGAGGACCACCUCGCCCGGGUGGAAGAGGCAGUCACCCGCAUGCUCGUGUGUGCCCUGAAGACGGCAGAGGAUCCACACCACCCUAGAGCCUGGCUGAACCCCACUGAGGUUGAAGAAAUCUCUCAUGAAGUCAAUUGCUGCUACUUAAAUGAUGCUGUUCGUGCUUUUUUUGACCAUCGUGGAAAAGCUGAAGACGCAGAAAUGCAAGCACUUCGAGCAAACAGGGAGAUCUGGAGCAAGGAUGAGCCACAUGUGUGGGAGCACAUGGAUGUGGACCGAGCACACAGCCAGGGCCUCACGGGGAGGACUGGGAAACGGGAAGUGGCAAGUCUGUUUGGCCCAGAUCUGGUCCCUGUGACACCAGCAUCUGAAGACCCGCCUUCGGAGAGAGGAGGCACACUGGAGAGUGACAGCAGAGAACGUAUCAACAGAGACAGAGAACGCUUUGCAGAACUGUCCUGUGCCAGGAGGCAACAGACUAGUAGAGGGGCAGGUGUGGUGGCCGAGCAGGUCACCUCCAGGUGUCCCGUGGCCCCUUCUCGAACAUUCGUGUCCACAGAUGACUUGCUGGACUGCUUGGUGAAUCCACAAGUCACCAGGAUGGUGGCCCAGCUUUUGAUACAAGGGAAAAGUUUGUGAUUCUAAUAGAUUACUUUUAAUAAAAUUUUAAACAUUUUUAGAAGUAGUAUGAUACACUUACUUGUUUGCUUUUUACGUAGUGGUUUUUACUUUUUGAGGCUGCCAUAUAUGUAUAGUAUAUUUUGAUCAUAUUCACUCCCCAUUGCCUGCCUCCAGCUUCUUCCAAUCUCCUUCAUCCCCCUCUGAACUUUAUUCUUUUAUUAUUUUCUUGUUUUUCAGCCCCUUGAGUCCAAUUACUGUUCCCCAUAAUAUGUGCAUGGUGUGGGGCCGUGCACUGGGCCUUGGCUAGCCUCCCAGGGGCUAUACACCUAAAGAAGACUGACUCUCCUUCCUGAAGGAGCCAUCAACUAUCAGUAGCUCAUGGGCUAGGGGUUGGGGCUCAAGGGCCCGUGUGAUAGUAACUGGCUCGCUCUUGUCGGGGCAGCCACACCACAGCUGCCGCGUCCAUGGUGCAACGCACGGUUCUGCCCUGUCCUCCCCGACCCCUGGCUUGUAAAAAUUUCUCCAACCCCUCUUCCUCCCUGUUUCUUUCUCUUUUGGUGGGGAGGGGUGUGUGUUUUGUUUUGAAACAAGAUCCUACUGUGUAGCCGUAGCUCUACUCUCUAUGUAGAUCAGGCUGACCUUGAACUCACAGAGACCCCCCUGCCUCUGGCUUCUUCCCUGUUUCUCCAGGCCCUUCAUUAACACCACUCACUGCACAAAGAAGCCUCUCUGAUGAGGACUCAGGGCCGAUCUAGAUAGGACUUGGAAGGCAAUAUGACUCUGUUCCUUUACAAAAGAGUAGUAGUAGGUUCAGCUCCAGGGCCUCUGCGCUCCCCAGCUAGGCUUCCUGGCCAAGCUGGGAGUUUGUUUCUCAGACGGUGUUGCUGUGUCCCUCGGGCUGGCCUUGAAUUCAAGAUCCUCUGGCCUGCCUCCCCAAGUGCUGGGAGUCCAGGUUUGCACUAAACAGGUUGGUUCUAAAUCGUAUGAUUUUAAAAUAAAAGGUGGAACAGCAGAUGCUGAGGGUGUGCGUGUUUAUAGAUGGCUUUUCCUAAUAAAAUUUCUCCGUGGUCACCUUUU